AUGACCUCCCCCUCGACAAAACGCCUCCUCAAAGAAUCAACAGACCUCCACAAACACCCAAGUCCCUACUUCACCGCGCAUCCAACCUCGGAAUCCAACCUGCACGACUGGCACUUCACGCUCGCAGGCCCGCCCUCUCCAUCCCCCUACGCCUCAGGACUCUACCACGGCCGAAUCACCUUCCCCGCAGCAUACCCGUUACGCCCGCCCUCCUUCCGCUUCCUCACGCCAUCGGGCCGUUUCGAAGUGAACCGCGAGAUCUGUCUAUCGAUUUCGGGCCACCACGAGGAGACAUGGCAGCCUGCUUGGGGGGUGCGCACGGCGCUGUUGGCGAUUCGGUCGGAGAUUUUCUCUUCGGAGGCGAAGGGGCAGGUGGGGGGUAUGGAGGGGAAUGAGGCUUUGAGGAGGGAUUAUGCGCGCCUUUCGAGGGGUUGGUGUUGUAGGGAGUGUGGUGGGGAUAACCUUGGGCGGAUGAGGGAGUGGUGGGCUGUUUGUAGGGAGAAGGGGGUUGAGGUUGAGGGGUUGGAUGAUGGGUUGGAAGAAAGUGGGAAGCUGGAUAAGACUGGUGAUGGUGGUGAGAAGAAGCAGCAGGAGGAAUCCACGCAGACCUUGGAGACGACGCCAGAGACAAGACAGAUACAACAACCGCAGCCACCGCAGCCAUUACCACCUCGCUCCUCGUCCCUGGUGGCGCCGGUUUCUUCAUCUCCUGCUCCAGUUAGUGCUGCUCCAGCUCAACACAGCCCUGCUCCUCGGCCACAAGCACAAGCACGAGCACAAGCUACAUCCACCGCAGCAAAUGACGGCGUCUGGCUGGACCGCGCCAUCAUCGGUGUCGUGGUCGCGCUGGUCAUUCUCAUCCUGCGCCGCUUCGUAGACGUGGAGGACUUGUGA